AUGAAGGAAGGUGAGGCGAUAUCCUUCGUCGCCACAGCGUCCAAGCUGGCCGCCGUGGAAGAUGCGGCUCCGAAGGGGCCCGAGGCUUCGAUUCGAUCGAAAGUCUCGCCCACGACGAGGGCCACGCUUCAGGCCCUUCGGUCAUGCAGAAACAGAAUACCGGCUGCUCUCAGUCCAUCUCCAAUAACAACCAAAGACGCCGAAACCAUCACAGAGGUCUGCAGCGGAGGUGAAUUACCAGAAGUCGAAAUCAUCAGUUUGUUAGAGGAACAAAUACCUAGGUACCGCCUGCGAGCCGAUACACUUACUCAGUUUCAAGGAUACGAAAACGCUGAUUGGUUUAUUCCGUCGCCAGCACUUAAAUCGUUGGACACUGAUUUAAAAUUGUCACCGGACCAAAUCCGGGAGACCCUCAACUAUUUCAGUAAGUAA